AUGAGUACCUCCUGCCCAGGAGUGGAGGAGCUGCCCGACCCUCCGGCAAAGAACAAGACCCGCAACACCGAGGCCGAAGGUUCAUCAACGACAAUCACGGAUCAGGCCAAUGCCAAUGUUGUUCUGCCACCUGCAGCGGCCAGUGAGAUGGAUGCUGCGCCGACUGCCGUCACCAUCAACCACAUCUUCUAUCCGCACCUCAUGGAUUCUAUUCUGCAGCAUCCCGACUCAUGGUUGGCCAUGCGCACCGCAAGCAAAACGUACUACCAGCAAGUGCAACGCCUGAUGUACCGCCACCUCGCGAUCCGAUACGACAUACUGCCAGCAGGCGAAACGAAUAUCGAGGGUUUGGGUCCAUUCUACAAGCUUCUUGAACACACGGAGAUUCUCGACAUUCCGCUUGGUCUCCCUGCUCACGACCUCGACUGGUUUGUUGACCAGCUGGAGAAUCUGAAGGCCGUUCGGCUUUACCAGUUCGCCCACCGUCCUGCACCGGGCCAUGUGGUCACCAACAUCACACACUGGAUGUCAGUCGGACCAGGAGCGUAUUUCAUAAACGGCGACCCGUUUGAUUUGACCUCGCCCUUGCUCCAGGACAUGGUUUUCAUUUUUCACGCCAAGCAAGAUAUGACCACAUCGGCGACUUCCCACUUUCAAUGGGAGCGUUUCGUAGACGUCAUUACCGACAUCAUGGUGCGGUCAGAAGAGUUCACAACGACUACGACGUUUGUCGACUUCCCAACAGCUCCGAAGGACCCAAGAUUGCCACUGGCCACACUGAAGGACGAGUUUCUCGAAGCACUGGAAACGGCACUCGAAGGCUGCGACGUUGCGGACCGCUCGGCGUGCUUGGACAAGCUACACUUUCUCUCACUGGACGAGUACGCUUCUCAACUUGCACCUGGGGAGUUUGAGGCCGAUUACAGACUGUGA